GUCUCAGUCUGCAACUUCACAAUUAGGUUUCGUUUCCUCAAAGUAGCCACGCCUUGGAAAAAACAUGCCUGAAACUGAAAGUAAACGGCACAACUGUUGCACUGGAUCUUGAAAACUUCAAGAUGGGUACAAUAUUCAACUUACUUCAGCAGCACAGACUGGAGUCUUACUACAACAAAUUUCUUCAGCUGGGUGUGAAAGAUGAAAGAGAUUUCCUUGAUGGAGUAACAGAUGAAGACUUGAACAACAUCGGAUUAAGCCAGGUGGAAAGGAACCGCUUUUCUGCCAUGAAAGACACCGUUCGCAGAUUCAGAGCUCCAGGACACCCAGCAGCAACGUCUGUGAAAAAGUCAAUGGAGUCAUUCUGUCUGCAGUACACAUACCCCAAAUGUCCUCAACCGAAAUACAUCAAAGAUAUGGAUCCUGCACAAAACACAGUUGAAGAUCUGAUGUUGAGGAUCUGUCACAUUGAAGGUGUUGAUCAAUCCAGAGGUGUCUGUCUCUACACGGUGGAUGGAAUGCCUUUGACAGACGAUCCUUUCUUCAACACAUGGUCUCUAAAUGACAGACAUAUUGAAAAUGAAGCUUUAAUCUAUGCCAUAUUUACACCGAAGGAGAACCUGAAAACAGCUCCUCAGAUGUCGAUGCAAGAGGUUACUGAAACCCAUGGCACUGAUACAGUCCGAUGCCACAUUAUGCUCAAGGGAGACUUCGAGGUGACGGUGGAUUUGUCAAGUGACACAGUGGCUAAUUUGAAGAAAAAGCUCUCAAAUGAGAGUGGAAUCCCAGGACAUGUUCUUCAUUACAAAGGAGAACAUGGCAGUGGCAACACAUUGGAAAGCUGUGGAAUCUCAGACGGGUCAACAGUGUACUUCUCACUGUCCAUGUUUUCUGAAGAGGUUCAAGACUACGAACAUUUAUUCAUCCAUGAUGUUGAGCCCUUGGUCCAACAAACCACCAAAGGAAUCAGUGUCUUCUUGUCUUCACUUUAUGUCAUUAAAAACAAGAGUCAAGGAGUUCUAUACAAGAAUUUGAUUGCUUACAUACGAAAGCUGACUGGAUGUAACCCUCUGGCCCAAAGUUUGUUCCAGUUACUCUUGAGGAAUGAGUUAAUUUCCAGGAAUCAGAAGAUUGCACUGGUUGAAGGCUUGUACAUGCUCUUUAGGGAACUUUUGCCACAGCUUGGAACAAAACGAGGAGAAAAGAUCAUUGAGGACCCUGAUGUCUUUGAGUAUUCAACAUACUGCUGGGCAUAUCUACUGUCAGAGACAAAGAAACUAGACACCCCAGAACAUGAGAACUACACACCUGUCUCUCUGAUGUCUGAAGAAGGCAGCCGUUUCUGUGAUCCAGUCACCAUACCUGGAGUACCAGGUGUCCUUGAAAAAGCUUUUGUACUUCAGAAAAUCAAAAAUGGCGAGAAGAUUCCAAACUGCACUGAGGAAGUUUUGCAAGAAACGUCACUCAACAGAGCCACUGACGUUGAGAAAAUUUUGCUCAGUGUUCAUCCAUCAAUUAACACAUAUGAUCUUUGGAUUUCACAUGAAAGUGUAACUGGUCAGAACUUCCAGGUGAAUACUGAGAAGAGUUUGGGAGACAUGGCAGAAGAAAUGAAAGCUUUCCCUCGACUCAGUGUGACUCCACCACUGCUUUUGAAGAGUCUUGGUUAUGAAGACGUAUGCCUUGUUUUCCUGCGUGAAGACAACCUUGGAAUCUAUUUGGGUAAAGAUAAGGUGUGCCCAGCAAAGAUCAUGGUGUAUGAUUGUCUGAAUGGCAAAAAGCAAAAUAUGGACGUGGACAUAUUAGCAGCUAGAACUGGUGACCAUAGGGAGGACUCUGCGUUUGUCACAACCAGGACUCCAAAAGAAGCUAUAAUGGUGCUGAUAGAUACAAGCUCAUCCAUGACAGAGAAUUGCUAUGGAAGUGUGGAAAUAAAGAAAAUAGAUGCUGUUAAAGAGCUUUUUGACAACUUUGCAACACGGACCAUGGCUUAUGACUUUCAUCAUGUCAUUGGGCUUGGGAAGUUUGACUCUACAGUGGAAACUCUCCACACAUUCACAGAAACACUCGAAAAGUUCAAGGAACAUGUGCACAUCCUCAAGGCAAUGGGCUGUACUAAGCUGUACGAUGCCCUGGAGCAUGGAAUGCUCGAGUUGGAAAAAGUCAAGAAGUUUCCAGACUGUAAACUUCGAAUCCUUUGUCUCACAGAUGGAAACGAUUAUAGAUCGUCCAACCAGCCAGAUGUUGUUACUGCCAACCUGAUCAAAUCGAACAUCAUUGUGGAUUCAAUUCUUCUUGGAAAAGUGGAAAACAAUAUUCUGCGUGGAAUCAGCAAUGCAACAGGGGGUUGUUGUUUCAAACCAGAGACAAGCACAGACGGUCUGAAGCUUUUUGAGAUUGAGACUGUUCUCUCUUUGGAGAUGAGGAAACCCAAGAACAAAGCUGACCCAUCGUCCAUCAACAAAAGUUUCUUAAAAGAGCUCUCUGCUACCCAUGGGUAUGAUGCAUUUCCAGAGGCAGUCUUGCCAAGCCAGAUGGACAGCAAAGUGACAAUGACAGAGAGUGCUCUGAAGAAUAAGAUCCGGGACGCCAAAGUUCGACAAUUGAUGGAAAAGGACAAACGUAUCCUGGAGGAGCUGAGGAGUCUGCACUGUAACCCACAUCCCUACUUUACGAUCUUUCCAUCAGAGUCUGACUUCACCUUCUGGAAGAUUCUGAUGGAGGGACCUCCUGAUACACCUUACGAGAAAGGAACCUUUGAGCUGUUCUGCCAGUUUGGACCUGACUACCCAGUGAGGCCUCCACUUGUCCGCUUUGUCACAAGUGUGUACCACUGUAAUAUUAACAGUGUGGGGCGCAUCUGCCACAACAUAUUGGACCGGAACUACAACGCUCAGAUCACCAUGAGAGAUAUCCUGAAUGCUGUAUAUGGACUGCUCAUCAUCCCUGAGCCUGAAGAUCCAUUGGACAGCAUUCUGGCAGAGGAAUUCCUGACCAGCCGUGAGAAGUACGAACAAGAGGCCAAAAAACAUACAGAGAAAACUGCCGCCCAAUCACGGGAUGACAUGGAGAAGAAAUUGGUGGAUCCCGGGCAACAGCGUGUUCCCCCACAUCUAAUCUGUCCACUCACCAACAAGAUGUUUGUUGAUCCAGUCCAAACAAAAUACGGAACAGUGUACGAACGAAAAGCCAUCGAAAAGCACGUCAAAUCAGACAAGCGUGAUCCAAAGGGUGGCCCAGCAGACUUGCUCAUCGAAGCUGAUCUUAAACCAGCCAACGAAAUGAAGAAAAUGGUGAGGGAUUACCGUUUGAGACAAAUUCAGGAAAAGUUGUAGCAAAAUGUUGGUGCUACAGAUGUGGCUGUCGGUUUCACAUACAGUAAAUACAGUAUGUCACCGGGAAAAUAUGGAAAUCAGAAACAAAAUGUCAGCCACCAAAAAGUCAGCUACCGAAUGCAAGUUCAUGUUAUUAAAUUAUCAUAUUUUAUAAUCACAAUCAUGUUUGUUCAUUGAUAAAUGUGCACCUGCAUUCUUUGCGUUAUAGACUAGAAUAAUAUAGUAUAACAAAUUCAUGUCACUUUGAUUUUCUGUCUAGUCAGGUUUGACAUUGAACAUCAGUUGGACAGUUGCAAUAAAUGUAAGGUUCCGCAAGGGUAGAGACAAAAAAAAAGUCAAAAACAAGACAAAACAGGCCUGUAUUUCUUAAAACAAAACCUUUUCUGUUUGUGCUUUUUAUCUGUAACGCAUACUUUUCUAUGAUACUGCUCAUUGUACUGCCUGUACACCUUUCAUGAGGGAUAUGGAUACGUUUACAGCUAGAAGACCUGCAAUGAAACCAAAUUCCUUUUUUAUUUUAUGUCACUGUUAAAAGUUUUCUGCUUCUGUAUUUGGCACAGUUGAUUUUGGAUAAAACCCUUAUUUUGACAUACACAGUGAGCUUCAUUGUUGCUCAGACAGACGCAUUGUUAAGUUUGAGUGUUUUUAGAAUAAAAUUGCUUAUUAUAAAAUAAAA